CCACCUUGACUGCUGGUGCCGCCGCCCACCUCCCCAAUGGCGGAUCCCCGCGAGCCCGCCGCCCCCUCCCCGUGGGACGACAUCCCCGACGACUUCUUCCUCUCCGCCUCCAUCUCCUCCCCAUCCACCUCCACUCCCCCUCCCCCCGCCCCCAUCCCCUCCACUUCCCCGCGCGCCGCCCUCCGCUCCUCUUCCCUCCCUCCCGCCCCCGCGUCCUCCUCCGACUCCUUCCAUCCCCACCACCACCACGACCCUGACCCUCCCGCACACCGCCAUCUUCACCCCACCCACUCCCUCCCGGCCUUCUCCUCCGCCGCCGCGGCGGCCGACGUCUGGCCCCCGCCGCCGGGGCCCCGCCAUUCUGGCUCCCUCCCGGAGUUCGCCGCCCCUGCCUCCGCGUCCCGCGCCGCGCACCGCCCGCCCCCGCGCGCCGCGGUGCGCGCCGACCGCCCGCCGCCGCUCGAGCUGCGCCCGCGCCCACCGAGGGAGUCCCAGGCUGGCGCCGCGCUCCGCGCAAUCGCCUGCUGCGCCGCGGGGCCCGUGGACGGGGCUGACUCCCGUCUCUGGGCCGCCGGCGAGGCUGGCGUCAGGGUGUGGUGCCUCGCCGACGCCUUCCGCGCGGCCGCGUCUCCCCAGAGGUGGGGUGACGAGGCUGCUGCGCCGUUUCGCGAGUCAUGCAGGACUCAGCCGGCGCUUUGCCUCGCGGCCGACCCUUGCCGUGGCAUUGUGUGGAGCGGCCACACCAAUGGGCGCAUCAUGGGGUGGAGCUCCGAUCCAGGACUAGAGCCUGUGGAAUGCAUUGCCUGGGACGCUCACCGUGGACCAGUAUUCGCAUUGACCACCUCCCUAUAUGGGGACUUGUGGUCUGGCUCUGAAGGGGGAGUAAUCAAAGUUUGGUAUGGAGAAGGAAUUGAGAAGUCCCUUGCUUUACAAAGAGAAGAAAAGCGUAAGACUUCCUCUUUAGUUGAAAGAUCAUUCAUUGACCUUAGAGCCAUGGUCAGUGAUGGAGGGGCCUCUCCCUUGCCUGCCGUAGAUGUAAAACUUCUGUUGUCUGACAAUUCUAGGUCAAAAGUAUGGAGUGCUGGUUACCUCUCACUUGCACUCUGGGAUUCUUGCACCAAGGAGCUUCUGAAAGUGAUUAAUGUGGACGGCCAAGUCGAUACUCGUUAUGAUAUCUUAUCUUCUCAGGAUUAUGGCUACGAAGCAAAACAAAACCUUUUCUCAUCGCCAAGGAGAGAGAAAGCCCGCAGUCCUGUUGGAUUUUUCCAGAGAUCACGAAAUGCUUUAAUAGGAGCAGCUGAUGCAGUCCGGAGAGUUGCUGCUAAAGCAGGAUUUGGAGAUGAUUCUCAAAGAAUAGAAGCAUUAGCAAUGUCAAUUGAUGGGAUGAUCUGGACAGGGUCUGCAAAUGGAUGUCUUGCUCAAUGGGAUGGCAGCGGUAAUCGUUUGCAAGAGUUCCAGCAUCAUUCAUGUUCUGUUCAAAGCAUUUUCAGCUUUGGGAUAAGAAUAUGGGUGGGUUACAUGGAUGGUACCAUUCAGCUGUUGAACUUGGAAGGUAAUUUACUAGGAGGAUGGAUUGCACAUAGUAGUCCAGUUCUGAGUAUGUCUGUUGGAGGUUCAUACAUCUUUACAUUGGCUGGUCAUGGGGGAAUCCGUGGAUGGAAUUUGUCAUCCCCAGGGCCUAUUGACAACAUUAUGCGUUCUACAUUGAUUGAGGCCGAGGCUUUAUACAAAAAAUUCGAAUAUAUGAAAGUGUUAGUGGGUUCUUGGAAUGUCGGGCAAGAAAAAGCAUCUUAUGAAUCACUAAGAGCUUGGUUAAAGUUAUUGACACCAGAGGUUGGAUUAGUAGUAGUUGGAUUGCAGGAGGUGGACAUGGGUGCUGGUUUUCUUGCAAUGUCUGCAGCUAAAGAAACAGUUGGGCUGGAGGGAAGCCCAAAUGGAGAUUGGUGGUUGGAUGCAAUAGGGCAGCAGUUAAAGGGUUACUCCUUUGAGCGUGUUGGUUCGAGGCAGAUGGCUGGAUUGCUUGUCUGCAUAUGGGUCAAAACACAUCUUAAGCAGUUCAUUGGUGAUAUUGAUAGUGCUGCUGUCGCAUGUGGAUUAGGGCGAGCAAUCGGCAACAAGGGAGCAGUGGGGCUGAGGAUGAGAAUACGAGAUAGAAGUAUUUGCUUUGUAAAUUGCCAUUUUGCUGCUCAUAUGGAAGCUGUGAGCCGAAGGAAUGAAGAUUUUGACCAUGUCUUUAGAACAAUGACCUUUGCUGCCUCUUCGAGUGGAAUAAUGACAACAUCAGUUACUGGUUCUACUGGUCAGCUUUUUCGAGGAACAAAUGGAUCAAGAAUGCCUGAGUUGUCUGACACGGACAUGAUAGUCUUUCUUGGUGACUUAAAUUACCGCAUUUAUGAUAUUUCAUAUGAUGAUGCAAUGAGCUUAGUUUCCCAGAGAUGCUUUGAUUGGCUAAAAUAUAAUGACCAACUGCGAGUGGAGAUGAGAUCUGGGAGAGUCUUCCAGGGACUACGCGAAGGAGAUUUCAAGUUUCCUCCUACAUACAAAUUUGAGAAACAUACAGCUGACUUAGCAGGGUACGAUGCCAGUGAGAAGAGGCGCAUUCCUGCCUGGUGUGACAGAAUCCUAUAUCGUGACAGCCGAGUCAGUUCAGGGAAUGAGUGUUCCUUGGACUGUCCUGUGGUUUCUUCAAUAUCACUGUAUGACUCUUGCAUGGAAGCAACAGAUAGUGAUCACAAACCUAUUAAAUGUGUGUUCAAUUUGGAUAUUGCUUAUGCUGACAAACAGAUAAUGAGGCAGAAAUAUGGGGAGCUAAUAAGCUCUAAUAAUAAAGUGGUGCAUUUGCUUCAGGGGCUUGAAGCAUUCCCUGAAGUAAAUAUAAAUAAUACUGACAUCAUCUUGCAAGAUCGGAAUCCCUCUGCUAUGAAAUUUCAAAACAGAAGUAUGAAAGCCACAGCUUGUUUUGAGAUCAUUGGUCAAGCACCAAAUUUGUCCAGCACACAUUUUUCUGCUUUUCCUACAUGGCUAAAGGUCUCUCCAUCAAUCGGCGUAAUAUCUCCUGGACAGACAGUAGAAGUCACAUUGCAGCACAGAGACCUGCGAGGCCAACAAAAUUAUAAUGACUCUCCAUUGGAUAUUUUGCCUGGUGGAGCUACCCAACAAAAGGCAGCAACGCUAUUGGCAAAAAUAACUGGAGUCUAUUCAACAGUUGCAAAAUAUUACGAAAUACACGUGCAACACCAGAACUCCAGGAGCACAUUGCCCUCAAGAGGGUUUAACUUUGGUGACCGAUUGUUUUAA